UGAGAAGACGAAGGUACCCUUUCUUUUGUUAACACAAUGCUCUUGAAUAAAUCCAUUGAGAGAAACUUCUAGGGUUCUUCGAUAAGAAGGAUCUCUGGGUUAGGGUUUUGCUGGUGGUAGCCAUGGCGAAUCGAACAGAUCCAUUAGCGAAGAACAUUCGCGGAACAAAUCCACAGAAUUUAGUAGAGAAGAUAUUGAGAACGAAGAUAUAUCAGAAUACAUAUUGGAAGGAACAAUGUUUUGGUUUAACAGCUGAAACUCUGGUCGACAAAGCAAUGGAAUUAGAUCAUCUUGGUGGAACUUUUGGUGGUACACGUAAACCUACUCCAUUCAUGUGUCUUGUUAUGAAGAUGCUUCAGAUUCAACCUGAGAAGGAUAUCGUUGUUGAAUUCAUCAAAAACGAAGAUUACAAAUAUGUUCGUAUACUUGGUGCGUUUUAUUUGAGAAUAACGGGGACAGAUACAGAUGUGUACCAGUAUCUUGAGCCUUUGUACAAUGAUUAUCGUAAAUUGAGGCAGAAAUUAGCUGAUGGACGAUACUCUUUGACGCACGUGGAUGAGGUUAUCGAUGAGCUCCUGACGAAAGAUUAUUCUUGUGAUAUUGCUCUUCCUCGCAUUAAAAAAAGAUGGACUCUUGAAUCAAUUGGGACCUUAGAACUUAGAAGAAGUGCUCUGGAAGAUGAUUUUGAGGAGGAAGAAGAUAAAGAAGAGGAAGACCAACCAAUGGAAGAUGUAGAGAAUGGGACACUUGAAAAGGAUUACCAUCGUGGUCGAAGUCCUGCAAGAGAAAGAGAUCGGGAUAGAGAUUGGAAACGUGAUAGUCAUAGGCACAGGGAUAGGGACUAUGAUAGGGAUAGGGAUUAUGAUAGAGACUAUGACAGGGAGCGUGGGCGAGGGCGUGAAAGAGAUAGAGAGCGGGACAGGGACAGAGAUCGUUACCGCUUGCGAGAUGAAAAGGACUAUGGUCGUGAUAGGGUGCGAGAAAGGAGUAGAGAUGGACGGGAUCGGGAAAGGAGAGAUAGAGACCGAGGAAGGAAUCGUUCAAGGAGCCCUAGUCGAAGCAGGAGUAGGAGUAGGGAUCGCAGGGAUCGUGAUGGUGACCAUCGUAAGAGGCAUGGUCGCAGCAGUGCCAGCCCUAGGAGACGUGGUGCUGAUGAAGAGGAUAAAAAGAAGAAGCCAAAGAAACCGAAGGAAGACGGCACUGAUCACCCAGAUCCUGAGAUUGCAGAAGCGAACAGGAUUAGGGCAUCACUCGGGAUGAAACCACUGAGAAUGUGAAAGGCGACAAACAAAUCUCAGUUUGGUUUUUGUUGUUUUCUGUAAUUUGUGUUGAGCAGCUGCUUCCUUGGAUAUCCAGUCCAAUGCAAAAGUAGAAGGAUUGAAGAAAGAGAUUGAUUAUUUGCUAGACCAGAUCUUCAUAUGUGCUUUCUUACUUAUGUACUCUGUAUUACAGCCUUCUAAGUAUGAUAUUUACAUAUUCGAUCAGUUUUUUGGCUCUUCAGUGAACAGUGAAAAGUUUUAAACAGCAGCUAUAUUUACUGGGAGGCUACAACAGUGUUGGCCUGUCAGGCUUAGCAAUUAUGUAACAAAACUGCCUGCUUCUGUCAAUUAUUAACAAACUCACUUCCACAUA